UAAUAAAUGAAGUGUAUUAUUACGCAUACACUUUAUUAAUCAUUUUUAAGUAAGUAAUUAAUCACUGAGGAUUUAUCAAUACUCAAUGCUUAGCAAGUUAAGCGAUGCGGUUGCAUGGUAUAGAGUUUGUUAAGAAGUCCUCGCGGCAGGCUGCUCGCGUCACGCUCCGCAUGCUCCGCGCCGCCGUGUCGCGUGCUACACGCAGUUCCAUAAAGACGGCAUGUUUAAUAAGUCGGUCAUAGUUCACUGAUGGAGCGAAAACACUUAAAGGAAUGUUUAAACGGUUCAAAAUAUAUUUGGUUGAGAGGGUUCCGAGUAAAGAGGUGUUUUCUGUAUCAAAUGGCGUGAUCAUCUUUUCAGCUUCAGAAGGAGAGCAAUGUUUUAAUUCUUAAGAAGUUUAUAUAAAUUACUUAUAAUAGAUACAUAAAAUUCUAGGCGCUUGGUGUCUCUAUUGGCGGUGGGCGCGGUAGGCGAUGUUGGUGAACGUUGGGCCACUCUACGCUGGCCCGCAGCACCUCAGUGUUGAGACACCGGUGAAAUGAAUGGUCCCAAAUGAAGCUGUGAUGGCCGAACGCGGAAAGUACACCAACUUUGCCAAUUACACAAAUUGCUCGUCGCUCAUUACGGCGGGACCCCGCGGGGGCCCAUACCGCACCCCUCCCCCCUGCACUCGCGUGCACCCCCGCACUUGCCCGCGACGCAUCAGUAUUCAUUAAAAGCGCAAUUAGCGGAGUGCAUAGCCCCUCGUGAAGGCGCGCCGCUCCUCUCAAAGUGAAACAUUACGAAAAUGUCAUUCGUCAAAAUUUCCCCGAAGACUGUCGGGUCCGGGCGAGCUGGGUCCCCCCGCCGGCGCGCGCCCCCGGCGUCCGCGCCCCUCGCCCCCGACCGCGCCCGGCUCCCGCGGGGCGCAGCGAGGGUUGCUCCGGCAGUGGCGAGCGUCCGCCCUGGCAGCUCGCGCGCCUCGCGCUGCCUCCCGUCGCUUCCAGCGACAUCUAUCUCGCAACAAACUUUGCGCGCGAACUCCGCGAACUAGUUAUGUGCUGUGACUGUGAGUACCGACCGCACUGGGUCGCAUGCUUAACGCUUGGCGCUUGACUUUGGAAGAAGUGUUAUAUUGUAUUCAGUGAAAGUGUAUGACAUGAAAGGUUGCGUGCCAGUGAUUAUACAAAUUAUUGCGAGGACCAUUGUUUCUGAUGAGCGCGUGUAGGUGAGCCAGUGUGAGUGCGCGUGUGCUAGAGAGCGAUGCGAGACGCACAGCAGUGAGGACACGCGGCGCGACAUGGCUGACGACAACACUAUCAUCGAAGGGACUGUCAAAUUUCGCGACGGGAAGAAGUGGAAGUCGAGAUGGUGCGUCAUGCGCAAGCUGUCGCCGGUCGCAGAUUGCGUGCACCUGCAGCUGUACCGGGACUCGAAGGCGCGCUGCGCGGGCGCCGCCAGCAAGGCUUCGCUAUCCCUGCAGCACUACCUCGGCAGCGAGUCGGGCUUCACGCUCGACAAGCACUCGAACACGCUGGCGCUCGUCUGUCGCGACCUCGUCGCCAUCCUCGCGUUCGAGACACGAGAGCGGCUCAUACAGUGGCAGGUAAAGGUGAGCGCGCACCUUGGCGAGCCGCGCCACUACCUGGUGCUGGUGGGGGGCGCAGGGGGCGCGGGCGGGGCGGGCGGACGGCGCCUGGCGGCAGGCCCGGCGCGCCUGCACCUGCACGAGCGUCGCUUUGCGCUCACGGCGGGAGUGCCGCCGCGUCUGCUCGGCAUCUGGGAAUUGCCGCAUCUCAGGCGUUACGGUGUGGUCGAAGGGCGUUUCUGCUUCGAGGGUGGCUCACACUGUGGCAAAGGUGAAGGUCUUCACGUCCUCAUUUCCGAUCAGGCCAAAGAAAUAGCGCGUGACUUUGAUCUGGCCUCACAGGGCCGAUUGUCACCUAAGAGGCGACCUAAUAAUCUUACGAAGAAAAAUGAAGGUGGAGAAAGUCCUAAGUCUCAUAAGGCUUACCGGCCCGAUACACGACUCUCGGAGCUUAAUACUAUAGAUCUUUCGCUCCCUCCUAUCGAUAAUCAUAAUUAUGAAGACGGUUGUGAAGAGCCCGGAGCUAUAUCUCCAUACUGGCCAUCUAUGGAGCGAACCCAUUACCAAGAUAUGGGGCUUGGAGACACUGCAUCGGUUAACGAGACGUCGGAGGAAACGCCUGCUUGGAAAGGCGUCGGUAACGUCACGUUGGAACGAUGUAUGAGCUGUAUCUCAAAGUUGGGCGCUCUGUCGCGAUCGUCAACGGCAGCACUGACACCUGGUGCUAAACACUUCAACCCUGCCUGGACCAUGGAACCCGUGAAUGAAACUCCUUCUACUGACCCCACAGAGCUCACUCAACGUUGUGAUAUUCUACCUAGUGUAAUUGAUAAGACUGAGGACGUAUGCCACUGCCCCGCUCGGCCCGACAAACCACCAGACAGACCCCCGAAGCCCACUAGGUUAGAGCUGAACCUGAACAAAAAGCCGGACCCGCUGUGUCGAUGCGCACUCAGCGUGCCGGAAGACCGGCCAGGAAGAGUGGGUCCCUACGAGAAUUAUGACGUGCCCAAGAUGCCGUAUCAGGAGGUCGAAGGCGAAUAUUACGAUACGCCAAAAAGGCUAAAAGAAUGUUUAAAUAAUGAUCUUUUCAAAGUUACUAAAACUGCCGAAGAGAACGCCGUUAUACUAAAAAAACCUUGCGGUUGUUUACUAAAAUUUGGCAAAAGACGGAAGGAACCGACGAUCAUCGAUGCAGAAGAAAACUUUCAGCCCGCGAACUGCCCCUGUCAACGAGUCACUGAUUGGGCGAAUAAUUGGAUCAAACUACCGUAUUGUAGAAAAAAUACUGUGUCUAGUGAUAAUUUAGUUCCCAACAAAGAAAAUGUAACUCCUAAUAGUAGUGAACGGAGUGCUUUAUACGCAACAAUUGAUCUGUCGCGUAAAACUAGAAGAAAACAGAGACCUUGUGAAAGGCACGACUUGUCCACAGAGAUCGAAUACACCCACAACGCGAGUGCUGUUGAAAUAGAUGACGGACCUUUAGCUAAUUACGAAAAUCUUAGUUUUGCUCUAUCCCUAGAACACUACGAAAAUGCCAAAGAUUUAUUAAGAAAGGUAGGAGUCACGCAAUCAGAGUUAGAUGCGAUUAGCGCAAACUUGAAGCCGGCUUCGUUUGCCACUACUACCCAUAGUAAAACCAUAUGCACGCAAUGCGGUCACCUCCAACAGAGCCGGACAGAUAGCACGACUGACGACUAUUUAAUGAUGGAGCCAAGCGUUAGCAAUAAAUUAGAACAGAGCAAACUGCCUCCCUCUGGCUACACACCGAUGUCACCAAUUGGUGGAUUUGCGUUGAACACUCUAAAACAUCCAGCAAGAAGUCCCAUUAAUAGAUUGCUAGAAGAAAAAUCUGCAAGUAACCCAACGUUAUGUGGUCCCGAUAACUGUCGGCGUACUACUGCUGGAUGCAUCAGUGAGGAACCUCGAGCACAGCGUGAUGUUCUGGAGCGUGAUGAUAGAAUUGAAUACCGAAAACGCUCUAGCUCUGCGGACUCUUCAAGGUUUCUUGAAGAUGUCAAGGAAUUCGAAGGCAGCGUAGGAAGUAAUGGUUCUACGUCAUCGAUAGAAACUCUUCGCAAUAUUGUUCUGGACGAGGUACGAACGUCUACGCCGUGUAAUUGCACCACAGAUAAUAAACAUUCAGAUGCAGAUAGUUCAGAGGCAUCUAAAGAUGCUAGAGGAAGAAUGCCACCAACAAAGCGAUCGUCCUCGGUGCCGGGUAAAACUGGCGGCAACAGAGACUCGUCAAGCUCUAACGACUCUGGCGUCUCAAGCUGCUCCCUGCGACGUGGCGAGCUGUUCGAGCUGCCGCUGACGACGGCGGCGGCGCGGCGCCACUACCGCAGCGUGCGGCGCGCGGCGGUCGGCGUGCACACCACGCUGCCGCGCCGCUCCAAGUCCACCGACCCACUGCGGGACGCGCCCGCCCUGCAGAGAGUGCGCGUACCCGCUAAGUCGUCCUCCGCCGAGGCUGAAGUGCCCGUGCUCUCCGCUAAGCCGCUCAGAGGAGUCAUGGACACACAUAGCACGUCCAGCGGUACUUCCGACAUGUCUGACUACAUUGAAACGUUGUCAAUAUGCUCAUCACACUCGUCUUCCGAUACACCUGUCACCAUGAGGGUCAUGCGGCAGACGACGAGCACGUUGCGGCCGCGCUCGGGCAAGGAGUAUGGGAACCUGGACCCGCGGCUGGCGUCUGCGUACCGCGCGCCCCCCUCGCACCAUCCACAUCUAUACUCUAACCUGCCUUAGGGUCCGUGGACCAUAUAUGAACCCCUCCACGCGUCGUGAUGUCAUCAUAUUUCUUAGUGAAUGUUGUCAGUGAGCGUGUGAGCUAGUGGUCACGUUGCAUGGAGAGGUUUCAGUGGUUCGCACUAGUCUGUUAUCUUCUAAAGUCUGUUGUUUAAUUAUUGUUAAGUGCACUUGGUUUGGUCCAGAUCUCUGAGCAAAGUGACAUUACUUUACGUGUGGUGUGUUAAGUGUGAUCCGUCCAUGGUCUGUCCUAAUAUGCGUCGGUUUAUUUGUGCUCAGCUCCGAAUUUUAAAAUUUAUCAAUGUUAAUAACUAUUUUUUUCUGUUUUUUUUUUUAUUACGACUUUUUAAUAUUCAAGUAUUUGACCGCUCAACAGCUACGAAGCUGUAGACUCUAUAAAACAAACAUAAUGUGCUCCUGCUCCGAGCUACAUGAUGCGACGUCUCUUUGACAGCGUCAUGAUAGUGUGCCAAACGAUCGAAACGUGUCCACAUGAUAAAGCUCUGUCAUUGUUAUCUUCACAAAAGGAAACUGAACGAAUUACAUGACAGGUGAAUAAAAUAACUAUUGUUAAUAAUUUUUUAAUGCAUAUAAUUGUACACAGCAGCAUACUAGGCUAGGGGGUGCCCGUGAGCCGUUCAUAUAAAGAGGGGGGGGGGGGAAGGAAGGUCGCGCAAUCGGCGCGGUAUUUGUACAUAGUGUAACACAUGUUUAGCUCGCGUCGACUUGUUUAGAACUAUGUAAAUUAUAUAUAAAAUAUUAAUACUAAAGUAAUUAUAUAUAAAUUUAAUCUCUACAACGACUCUCUUGUCUCUACUUUGUUAGACGAUGUAAUAUUUUGAUAUUCGGAGUUUAUAAGGCAGGCGCGCGGCGGGCGGCGCGUGCCAGUCUCUCACUAAGCAAUAAGCAGUGCAACCAGAGGUGAUCCAUGUAUUGUAAUGUACAUUUAAAUUAGAGUAUUGCGUACUUGAUACUAUAACGGCGGAGGCGCGGUUUGUCUGUGAGGCGCGCGCGGGCCGCGGCGCCGCCGUCGGCAGUGCUCGGGGCGCGCUCGGGUCGCGCUCGGGUCACGCUCGGGUCGCGCUCGGGCCGCGCUCGGGUCACGCUCGGGCUGCGCUCGGGUCGCGCUCGCGUCGCGCUCGGGUCGCAGUCGGCACAAGGAGCGCGGCGGCGGCGGCGCGGGCCGCGCGCGCGGGCGCUGUUGGCCCGAAGACUGGAAUUGUAAGCAGGUUGUUUAGAUAUUACGCUAGCGAAUGAAUUUAUAUUAUAAAAAAAUAAUGUUAAUAAACUUGGAAUUUCUGAAUAAAAUGUGAAUAACAAA